AUGGAAACACCACUUGAUUUUGUCAAGAAGAAGCGAAAGCAAGAUGGAAGCACCGCUGUGAAAUCAUCUGAAAGUUUGUCUCCUACUGUUGUUGGCGGUGAACCUAGAAGCACUGCAAAGAAAAUGAAGAGUAAAUUGCAUAUCGUGGAGGGAGAGACGCAGAAUCAAGCAUGGCAGGAAGAUAAGGAGCCAAAAGCCGAUGAUCCGAGUAAGAAGAGUUAUGCUGUUGAAGUUGAGCAAGUUCCAAGCAGAGAGAAUUGCAAGAAGUCCAGAAAGAAGAAAAAGAAGGACGAUAGCUUGCCACAUCAGAAUCCCGAGGCCCAGUCGUCAGAACCUGAUGGUGAAGAUUUCUUUGUAUCUUCUCCGCUUAAGAAAAAGUCUUCUGCAAAGGACUCAGAGACAAAGAUCCCAGAUGUAGUCAUUGAAACACCACUAGAUGUUGCUGAGAAGAAGCAAAAGCAAGAUGGAAGCACUGCCAUGAAAUCAUCUGAAAGGUUGUCUCCUUCUGUUGUUGAGGGUGAACCUGGAAGACUGAAUUGGAGACUUAACAAUGUGUUACCUAUUUUACUUUUUUUAUGA